GGCCACGCUUAAUUAACUGCGCGCGCGUGUGAAAAAUUGUGAAAAAGUGUAUAAACAAAACUAAUUGAAUAAUCAUAGUGCACAGGUUUUUUUUCUUUAAAUAGAUACCAAGCAAUUCGUAUGUUAAUGUCGGAAAGUGACAAGCAUAUGUGCGUUUUUGUAAAAAUAAUUAUGAAAACCUGCAAACAGGCGGGAAAUGUAAAGUGCUAGUGAAGUGAGCGCUGCCAAUUGGAGCAGACAUGUUAACGUUUUCAGUGAACGGCAAUCAAACCAACUACAGCGAUAUGUGCUGUUAAGUGACUCUUGAUUAACAGACGCUUAGAAAAUAACGCGCGCGUUUGAAAGCUUUGGAAAAAUGAGUGAACUAUUAUAUUACAAAUUUUUUAACGGCAACAUUAUUAUUGCCUUACAUAAGGUAUUAACGUAUGAACGCAGUGUUGCAUUUUUAACAGCGCCAGCUGUUUUCUAUCGAAAACCUAUCGAACUUUCACAGCCGCACAGAAACUGCAGUAUUGCAUUUAUGUUUGGCCAGUUUGUGCUCGUUCAAGUUUUGCGUAAGGCAAACAAUAAAUUCGAUGUAAUGCAAUGACAAGCGUAACAAAAACUCGUCAAAAGUUGGCGCAUAUGGACACAGAUAAAAAAGCUGAUCCGCUAACAGUGAACGAUAUGGAAAUUGGUCCCAUAAAAGUUGAGCAAGACACGAGCACAGAUGAUGAAAGCAACGAGGAGUCGGAGACGCCGGCUAAAAUAGCCAGGAUAACGGAGCAGCAGGAACCAAAGAAGCGCCACAACCGUUCGGCAACAUUGGAACGCAGAACCCGAAUGAAGAAUUUCACAAUUGACGAAACAAUUGCGCUAAUCAAAGCCAUUGAGAUGCGGCCCGUGAUUUGGGACAUGAAUCAUAAACAGCAUUACGAUGGAUAUACGGUGGGCCGUGCAUGGCAAGGCGUCACCACAGAGCUGCAGAAAGAAACAAAGGAUUGCAGAUCCGCUUGGGCAUCGCUGCGCGCAAGCUUUAAAUAUUAUCAAAAGAGAUUCAAUUUCAAUCGCACAACAUCUGCUGCUCAAGCCAGUGAAGCCAAUUGGGAGUUCGGUUCAUAUAUGAAGUUUUUGCCAAAUUUUACCAAGCAUCGAGGAAUUAUUGGACACUCUUCUUCCGAAUCCUGCAAUGCAUCUCCUACGAGCACACAUGAAGACGACAGCAGUUCAACUUUUACAUCGAAUGCAAAUUCAUGCGCUAAAAUGCCACUGGAAAAUAUGCUUAAAUUAAAAGGCUCAAGGGGGUCACAUCAACUAGACGAUGCAGUUGAGCUGCCUCUGCAAAAUCAUGAGAAAUUAAUGCCCCAAGGAAUUCCACUGGCGGUCUCUUCCGGCAUGCCACAACGCUUUGCGAGUGAAGAUGACAGCAGCUCUACGUUGACAUCAUACACAAAUUCUUGUACACGAUUCUCACCGGAAAAGCUGCGCAAAUCGAAGGGCGCGAGAAAGUCAUAUAAGCCGUCUAAUACGAUGGAGCAAUCGCUUAAAAAACCUGAGAAAAUUGUCUUUCAGUCAGCUGCGGCUCCUUCCCAGCUAACUUUGAGAAACCUGCCGGCUCUUCAGUAUUGGGACAGUUUGUUGGGUAGGUUGUCAUCAACAGCAGCUCGAAAUGCUGAAAUGGCGGUGACAAUGCUGCUGCUCGAUCGAAUCAGGACCGAGCAAAAUCCAUAGAAAGAACUUAUUCAAAUUAUAAAUUCGAAUAUUCUUUACCAUGUGUCAAGCUAGUUAAGGAAAAUGAUUUAUAAUUUUAGUGCUGAUUUAGUACAUGGUAAAUUUGCCAGGCAGUUGCCAGCCUGCAAAAUGUCAGGGUUACCAGCUUGCCGAAUAUUUCAAAAGUGUCGCACAGUAUCCAAAAUAAGUAUUAUUUUAGUGUGUCUACAUGCAUUCUAUAUAUUGUAUUUAUAUACAUUUUUUAUUUUUCCUGAUUUCAAUUACCAACAAACUGAUAAACAAAUAGAACGCCAUUUAUACGUAUCUACUUUUGAGAUAGUAAACACAUUAUUUUAUGUUUAAAUUUAUUGAGACACCUUUAUUUCUUGGUUUAUGAAAAUAAUAAUAUACUAUCUCAUUUACACUUAAACACA